AUGGAGCAAUCACAGAGUCUUCGAUCAUUGUUCUUGUCGGCAAAGGAGGCAAAGUCGGCGCUCGAGUCAAGGAGUGAUACCAAUACCGCCACCUACCGGGAUGAUGUAAAUGCGACAAUCGCCAAAUUCCAGGAGUGCCAACGACAAGUCAGCAUCUUGUCGCUGUUCAGCUCUAAUGAAUCUCUGGACGAUCUUUCAUCUGGCGACCUACAAUAUAUGACCUUAGAAUACCACCUUGCCGAACUCAUUCAGCGAGGCCCCAGUGCUGAUCGCGAAUCCGUCCUACGGAGAGCCUUGGAACAAUAUGAGAAAUUUUUGACGCGCCUUGAUGAGUAUGAAUUGUUGACAAAGGCGGAUCGGAAGCUGUUUGAGACAUACAUGACCAAUCCAUCUGCCUUCACAUUGGCGCCUGUCAACGAUGCAGCGACUCGCCGGGAUACCAAGGUCAGACGAUUCAGAGAAGAGAAGGAACUCAAACAAAAGCUCGAAUAUUUUGCCCAAAACGAAGCACGACUCCAAAGCGAUAGCGACGCGACCCGCAAACUCUAUCUAUCCGAAAUUCAUCUCUAUACACACCAGACCUUCCAAGCACUAGAUUUACUGGUGCAAGAAUUGUCUAUACUUUCAGCCAUGCAGAAUGCCCCCAUACCAGAGCCAUCCCAAGCGCCGCAGAUCGACCCCCGGCAACGCAGUAAUUUGGGAGGCGCCAAUUACUCGGACCGUUUGGAUCCAUCACUGUCACAACUACUUGGAGGAAGGAAUGGUCCCCUGUUGAACAGUAAAGGUAUACCAAUGCAGCCAUUUACCCUGCUCGACCGUCGUUCGCAGCUCCAGCAGGGCGUCUUCCGUUCCGGUCAUAACUUACCAACCAUGACCAUUGAAGAGUAUCUGGACGAAGAGCACAAGAGAGGCAAUGUUCUCCAAGGAGGCGAACAGUCUGGAAUCAUCCCAGAAGUCGAUGAGGAUGAUCUGGAAAAGGCUGACCAGGAGACGAUGAAGGCCCGCGCCUGGGAUGAAUAUGUGGAGGCAAACCCCCGUGGAUCUGGAAACACGCUCAAUCGUGGUUAA